UGCACAUUUGACCAUUUAAAUCUGCAACCAGUUCUUCGCAGUGAAAGAUAUCUCAUCCAAGGAGUGCCCCAUGGACUCUCCCCUCCAAUCCAAGAGGGUCGACCGGCGACGCAAGCCCUCGAAGCGCAGCCCUAAUCAGUCGAGCACCCCCCCUCAGAAAGACGCCUACGCACGCCUCCUGGCUCAGCACCACAGCAGCAAGUUCAGGUCCUACCUGGAGCAGUACGUUCAGGAGUCCCCCGCGCAGGCGGACGACAGCGGCCCUGCCUCGCCCUCCACGCAGACCCACAGCGAGCGUGUGGACAUUCCCCACGCACCCGAAGGCCGGAACCAGGCCGCCGCCGUCGACCUCUCGGACUCCAGCGACUUCUCCCCCUGCUCCGCUAAGGGCCGGUGUGAGGACAGCGCGCUGUCUCUGUACAUGGAGAAGCUGAACGGGCGGGGCGGGGGCGGGGGGGCCCUGCCUCCCCAGGACGUGGACAGGAAGCAGGGGGUGUGCGAGCGGCGCGGCCAGCGGCGGGACACGGCCACCAGCCACGACGGGGACGUGGACUCCGCCGAGGAGAACGGCUCCUCCCACAAACCCUCGGACGCCAAGCCGCCGCCACCGCCGCCGCAGCAGAGGCAGCCAAAGAGAAACAAAGGCCCCCACAGAGACUCCCCCCUCCAGCUGGACGCCCAGCCCUCCCCCCUCCAGCCCAACGCGGUGGCCCAGGAUCCGGAGAAGAGGAGGAGGCAGCAGCAGAAGAACCUGCUGGAGGAGAACCGGGGCGCGGAGGUCUCGAGCCCCAAGGGCCCGCUGGGUAAAGCCAAACACGUGCAGAAAGCUCCAGGGAACUCCCCCGGCGAUAAGAACCUGAAGAACCGAGGAGGCCGGGGCUUCAAGAAGCAGGUGUUUGAGGCCUACAUGAGCCACGAGGUCGUCUCCCAGGGGCUGAAGAGAGGAGAGCUGCUCCAGGGCCCGCUAAGAAUCAACCCGAAGAAUUACAAUGAUGCCUUCAUCCCCUCUCCUGACGGAAUGAGGGACAUAUUCCUGGACGGCAUUGUGUCCCGGAACCGGGCCCUGAACGGAGACGUGGUGGUGGUGCAGCUCCUCCCCCGCGAGCAGUGGAAGGUGGUGAGGUCGGACACGGACUGUGAGGUGAGCAGUGAGUCGGAGCUCCAGGCGGGACGGGCCCCGCAGCGCAGGAAGUCCCCCCAGAAGAAGAGGGUGGUCCUGGAGGAGCAGCACAGCGACGGGGACGACCUGCCCGCCAGGGUGGCGGCGCUCGGCCUCGGGGCCACAGAGAACGGCAAGCGGGGCAGAGCUCUGGAGGACCUGAGCUCUGACGGGGACGUCCUCCAACGGACGGCCAAAGUGGUGUACAUCGUGGAGCGGAAGCACUCCCGGGCCGUCACCGGGUUCCUCAAGCUCCUUCCAGACCUGCCCUUCGCCAAGUUCUCCCCGGUGGACCACCGCGUGCCACGCAUCAACGUCCCGCUGGCUGACUGCCCCCCCGACUUCAGCUCGCGGCCCGCCGACUACGCCAACAUCCUGUUCAUCUGCCGCAUCACCAGCUGGGCCGAGGACAGCAGCUUCGCCGAAGGCUGUCUGGCUAAGACUCUGGGCCAGGCCGGAGAGAUCGAGCCCGAGACGGAGGGCAUCCUGAUGGAGUACGACGUGGACUUCUCCGAGUUCCCCGACGUGGUCCUGGCCUGCCUGCCCACGGCCCUGCCCUGGAGCGUCCCCCCCGAGGAGCUGGGCCGGCGGAAGGACCUGCGGGAGGAGUGCAUCUUCACCAUCGACCCCGCCACCGCCAGAGACCUGGACGACGCGCUGUCCUGCAAACAGCUGGCGGACGGUAACUUCGAGGUGGGCGUGCACAUCGCAGACGUGAGCUACUUCGUGGAGGAGGGGAACGCGCUGGACGCCAUCGCCAGCCAGAGAGCCACCAGCGUGUACAUGGUUCAGAAGGUGGUCCCCAUGCUGCCCCGACUGCUGUGUGAGGAGCUGUGCAGUCUGAACCCCCUCACCGAGCGCCUAACCUUCUCCGUGGUCUGGACCCUCAGCCCCCAGGGCAAGAUCCUCAGCGAGUGGUUCGGCCGCUCGGUGAUCCGCUCCUGUGUGAAGCUGAGCUACGACCACGCCCAGAGCAUGAUCGACGGCCCCGACCGGCUGUUCUCCCCCGGGGAGCUGCCCUCCAUGGACCCCCGCCACCCCCUGGACGAGGUCCACCAGGCCGUGCUGCGCCUGCACGCCCUGGCCCAGCAGCUCCGCCAGCAGCGCUUCGACGGCGGCGCCCUGCGGCUGGACCAGCUGAAGCUGUCCUUCACUCUGGACAAGGACAGCAUGAUGCCGCAGGGCUGCUACGUCUACCAGUACCGAGACAGCAACAAGCUGGUGGAGGAGUUCAUGCUGCUGGCCAACAUGGCGGUGGCCCACCAGAUCUACCGCUCCUUCCCCCAGGAGGCCAUGCUGCGCCGCCACCCCCCCCCCCAGACCAAGAUGGUGGACGAGCUGCAGGAGUUCUGCGACCAGAUGGGCGUGGCCGUGGACCUGUCCUCCGCCGGGGCACUGCACGCCAGUCUCCACCGCUCCCUGGGGGACGACCAGUACGCCGGCGCCAGGAAGGAGGUGCUCACCAAGAUGUGCUCCAAACCCAUGCAGAUGGCGCUGUACUUCUGCACGGGGGCCCUGAAGGACGAGGCUCUGUUCCAGCACUACGCCCUCAACGUGCCGCGCUACACCCACUUCACCUCCCCCAUCCGCCGCUACCCCGACCUGGUGGUGCACCGGCUGCUGGCCGCCUCACUCGGCUGCGGGCCUGCUCUGGGCCUGGGUGUGGAGGCGGUCCAGAAGCAGGCCUCCCACUGCAACGACAGGAAGACGGCCUCCAAGAGGGUCCAGGAGCUCAGCAGCGAGCUCUUCUUCGGGGUGUUCGUCAGGGAGUGUGGACCCCUGGAGUCUGAGGCCAUGGUGUCGGGGGUUCUUGACGAGUCCUUUGACGUGCUGGUCCUCAGCUACGGCGUGCAGAAACGCAUCUACUGCAAGUCCAUGGUGGGUCUGGAGUCCUUCAAGCACCACCGGGUGGGGAAGAGGGGAGAGAUCACCCUGGUGUGGGCCCCGGAGGGCCCCGGAGGAGCUGCCGUCCGCCAGGUCAUCUCCGUGUUCUCCUUGGUGGAGGUGCAGCUCCGAGCGGACGAGGCUGCCCUUAAGUACAGUGCCUUGCUCAAGAGGCCCCUGGACAAGGAAGCCUAAAGAACAAACGACCAAGUAACCUCAUCACUGACAUCCCGUGGACACAUCUAGGGCAGCAUACAAAGAAAAGAAUAGGAGUACUUUUACCUUGCUCCGUUGAAUUGCACAUGUUUUUAUGUUGUGAUUUAGAUGUUAGCGAUAGUAGGAUAGGACGGAUGAAAAUGUGAUUGAUUAGGGAGAUGUUUAGUUGCAGUUAAAGGUAAAGUCAACUACUGUUUAACUCGCUGGCAGUUAAAUCAACCUAUCCGCCUUCUUCCCAAACGGGCCUUAGUAUCAUUAAUGUCUGAUAAAUGUUUUGCAUGCAAGCUUCUAUACACCGUAUAAAAGCAACUCAAACAUAUAUUCAAACAAACCAGAAAAUUCGUUAAUUAACGCAUUAUCUUAUUAACACAGCCUGUUUUAACCAAAGUGACUUUUUUUGGUCAUAAUCCUUUUUAAAAUCCUUGUUGGGUUUUUAUGUGAUCUGGUCUUAUGUUUGAAGACCGUAACAUUUGGUGAAUUGGACUUGAUUUUGAUUAAUCUUUACACAGUUCAAUUUAAACGAACAAAGCUGUCGUAGAAAGUUUGCAUUUUGAGAAUCAUAUUUUAUAUCCCAGCUUUCUGGAUAUUUGUCCGUGCCAAUUUAAAGUCGGUGUAAUCGGGAAACCAAAAAUCCUUUUAAUUUGAAAGUGAAGAUUUGCUUGUCAAAUUGAUUUCCUUCUUGUACAUUGAGGUCCAGGCUGUUCUCAAUAUGCCUCUUAGGUUUCUAAAAGGACUCGUACUCAACAACAUGUUCAAGAUACCCCGCCACCUAAUGUAAAAAUGAUUUCUUUAAAUAAUGAAUGUAUUGACUUUUUUUCACUCUACCAUAUUUUUUGUGCGUCAAAUGUAGUUCAUCUGUUGGAUCCCAGAGGGAGUCUGACGACGGCUAGAGAGACUUGCACGAGUAGAAAGACAUUUCUUUUAAUUCUUUAAAAGUUAAGGUUCUAUUGUGGAGGAAAUGCCUUGGACAAAUGUUAACUGUCAUUUUAAGUUGUGAAGAGGCCUUGAGAUUCAUGGUCUUUAAUGUGUACCGGAGUUCCUUGUUCUGCCUUUUUUCUACUUUAUUUUGCGGAGGAGGGGGUCGCCCUUAGCUCAGUGUGCGGUAGAGCUACAGCGUAAUCUAAUCAGCUGUUAACCUUCUGUCUGUGAUGACGUAUUCAUCUACGCAACACGCUAAACUUAUCCAUAAGUUACGAUUUAGGCUUUGUCUGAUGUGCUUGAACUUAGUCAGGCCACUCCAACCACACAUUAUACUUCUACUGGUUCCGUUUUUUGUUGUUCAUCUCCUUAAACACGUUCGCGUCAAAGAUGAAUGGCAUUUUAACCGCUUUUUUAUUAAUCUUUGUUUUUAAAUUUGAACAAGGUUUGGGUCGAUUCCCGUUACACAUUUGUAGUAUUAUGUUCAUGGACUGUGGUAAAUACUGGAUAUUUUAUUUGUCACAAACAUAGUUACAGUUCAUCACACCUUUUUUCGUUAUUUUAAAGUGCAGUAUUUUAAUAUAUUUUUUUAAGGCUAAAGAGAAAUGUGUAUGUGUAUUGACAGAUCUUCAAAGCUUCAAAUAUAUUCUCAUCAGUUUCAUUUACAUUGUUAGGUUUCCUUGGUUUUCAAAUGUGUGAAAUUGUUUCUCUUGAGUUAUGCAAAAACAAACUGUAUAUUUAAUCAGAACCAUUUCACGCAGCGCCAAUGUUUGAGGUCUUCAUUAAUUGUUCAAUAAAUCCAUUGACACCA